GUGACUUUGAUCUCAAUCAAAUUAAAACCCUAACAACCAAAGCUGAGCAGCGCCUGAACAUUCUCUGCUAAUCUAUCACCGUACUCCGUUACCAAGAGUCGAGAACGUGAAUCUGUCUCAACAAACUUUAAAUCCACUAGAGCCCCUCUUGUUUCCUAAAGCAAUUUCUCUGCAUACAUGGGAGAUUUUAAAAGCAUAGAGGACCCAGAAAUUGUCCAAGAGUCACGUACUCGAAAGAAUCACGGCCGUUUCGUUUGGUCACAUGAGCUCCACCAGAAGUUUCUCAAUGCCAUUGACCAAUUGGGCGGCAACGACAAGGCUAUUCCCAAGAAAAUACUUGCCGACAUGAAUGUAGAAGGUCUUACUAGGCUAAACGUAGCCACCCAUUUGCAGAAGUACAGACUAACUUUGGAAAGGACAACCGAAGCUCAGCAGCUGAACAUGGCCACAAGACAAGUGCCAAGCUUCAUCCAACAAGGGCAUCACCAGAACUCAAGCAACUCAGCUAAUCCAUCUGAGUCUAGGACGUGAAUAUACGUUGCAACCAACUUCAUCUCCACUAAAGCCCCUCUUGUUUCCUAAAAGCAAUUUCUCUGCAUUCAAGGAAGAUUUUAAAAUCAUUAAGGACCCAAUGCUGCUCUUACGAGAGUGAUGGCUGCAACUUUCUUUUAUUAUUUCCUCUCAGGAUUAUGUUUUGGUUUUUGAUAUCUCUAAUCUCAAUAAUUCAGUCCCAAAAUGAGCAUCUAGUUUUCUACUUGUGGUCGUUGAAAUCUCAAAAUAAACCGAAACUUGUAAACACUGCCAAAAUACAGAUUACCUAUGUCACAUACUAAUGGGGUUGAAAAAACAUGGGCUUCAUGAUCUUGGCUUUUGUGCUGGUUUGAGUAUUCUAAAAAC